AUGUCGGAAACCACGACAUUUGAGAUUGGUUCAGGUACAAAAAUACGUAUCACGGUGACUUCCUCCCGGGAACACCCUCAAGUUCAGAGCAACUAUGCCGCACCUGUGGCCAUGAUGACGAACAACCAACCCCAGUCGCUCUAUAAUCAGAGCACGGCUGAUUACGAGGCUUGCGAGCAGAUUCCACCAGCGGGGCUGCACCUAUUGUAUGGGCAGCAGCACCCGCAAUAUGGUCAGAACAACUGGUUGCCGAGCGUCGCGCAAGGUCCGACGCAACUUGCCUUAGGACCCCAGAACGACAGGGUCCCGAGUCGCGAUUAUACAACUUAUCUGCCUCCGAUGGAACUGGCCCGAAACUUGUGGCACCAAGUCCCGCCCCAAGCCCAGACACACCAAGCCCAGACACACCAAGCCCAGACUCACCAAGCCCAGACUCACCAAGCCCAGACUCACCAAGCCCAGACCCCCCGAUACCAGCAUCAACAGCUGCAUCAGCAGGAGAUGCAGGCGCAGCGGCAUGCGCAGGAACAGAUGCAGCCGCAACAGUCGUCGCUGCUACAGCAUCACCUCAACAUGAGGCAAUCGACCGCUGUCGACGACUCGUCAUCCCCAGCAGGAUCAGCAGCCUGCAACAUCGCAGCUGCAGAUUCUAUGGAGCCUACUAGCGACGAUGGAAGUUGGAAUAAUGCCUGA